AUGAAAGUGAAUAUUAUUUCAUUUUCACUUAUUUUUUUAAUUUUAUUUAUUACUAUAUCAUUUAAUUAUUGUCAAAGUAAUAAUCAAAUUGAUUUAUAUAUUUCAAAUAGUAAAGGAAAAGAUGAAAAUGGUUGUGGUUUAUUAGGAAAUGAACAUCAAUGUAAAAGCAUUGAUUAUGCAAUCAAUCAAAUCAAAGAUAAAUAUAAAUCAAUUAAUAGUUAUUCAAAGAUAAAAGUUCAUAUUACACCAGGUGAAUAUAAAAAUAUUCAACAAGAUUUAAGUGAUUUAAAUAUUUCAUUUGAAAAUACAUUAUUUCAAGAAUUACCAAUUUUAAAAUUAAUUGAUCCAAAUGAAGAAGAUAAUGAAGAAAUUGAUAUUGAUGAUGAUAAUGAUGAUGAUAAUGACGAAAAUAAUAAUAAUAAUAAUAAUAAUAAUAAUAAUGAAAAUGAUAAAGAUAAUAUUAAUCCAUUUGAUGAAAGUUAUAUUGAAUAUGAAAUAUUAGAAGAAGAAGUUGAACAAUUAGCAAAACAACAAAAUCCAAAUGAACAAGUUAUUUUUAAAAAUGAUGGAUCAGAAAAACCAAUGUUUUAUUUAUCAAAUAAAUCAAAAAAUGAAAUUACAUUUAAAGGAAUUUCAUUUAAAGAUAGUAAUUCAAUGAAUUAUAUUUUAAAUUUUGAUAAUAGUGGCAGUGGUAAUAGUGGUAAUAGUGGUGGUGGUGGUGGUAGUAUUGGUGGAUUAAAUUUAAAUAUUAUAAAUUGUAAUUUUGAAAAUGAUUUUAAUCAAUUUUUAAAUGUUAAAGAAAUAUCAAAUCAAAGGGUACAAAUUAUAAUAAAGAAUUCAAGAUUCAUUGGUACUCAUCAAAACUCAAUACCAUUGGAUGAAUCAUCAAUUAAAAUUGAAUCAAAACAAUCAUCAACUCAUAUUGAAAUUGAAAAUUCAAUUAUUAAAAAUAUAAGAGGUAGUAAUAAUUCACCAUGGAUAUCAUUGAAUUUAGAGAGUAAAUCAAAUAAUGGUGAUAUACCAAUGAAUGCAAAUGGUAUAUUUAAUAAACUUUUAAUUAAACAAACAUUAUUUAAAGAUAAUAUUGGCAGUGGUUCAUUAUUAGUUUCAGGUUUUCAAAUUGUUGAAAUUUUUAAUUCAUUAUUUGAUAGUAAUGAAAAAUAUGGUAUAACAACAACAAUUAAUAAUCAAAAUAAUAAUCAAAAUAAUAACAAUCAUCAUCAAAAUAUUAAUUAUAAUAAUAAUAAUGGUGGUGGUGCAAUUUCAAUUAUAAAUUCAGGUAAAAUUUUAAUUGAUUCAAGUAGUUUUUAUAAAAAUUAUGGUAGAGGUUUAGGUGGUGCAUUGUUUUUAAAUAAUAUUAAACAACGUAUUACAAUUAUUGAUUCAAUAUUUUAUGAGAAUUAUGCAUAUAAUGGUGGUUCAAUUUAUGUUAGUAAUUGUAAUGAUAGAUGUUCAUUGGAGUUACAAUCGAAUAGAAUAGUUAAUAAUGUUGCAACAUUAUUUGGGUCUUCAAUUUAUUGUAGUUAUUCAAAUGUUGAUUUCCAAGAUUCAAAUAAUAAAUUUGAAAAUAAUAUUAUCACUGCAAAGAAUGAAUUUGAAUUGGCAAGUAGUUCAUUUAGAAAAUUCAAUUUCAAAAGACAAAUUUAUCAUGGCUUCGAUUGUUUAGUCGAUUUAGAUCAAGGUGGUUCAACUUGUAAUUUCAAAGGUACAAAUGAAACAAUGGUAAAUGAAAUCUUAAUGAAUCCAAAUUGUUCUGGUAAAUCUUUAUCAGCUUUCUUAUUAGAACAUUUUGAAUUAAUCUUAAUUUUAUUAUUCUUAAUAUUCAUUACAAUUAUUUUCAUUUUAUUUUUAAAAAUUUCUCAAAAAAGACAAAAUAAUUUUAAAAACUUUUUAAUUAAUAAUGAUGAUAAUAAUAAUAAUAAUAAUAUUAAUUAUAAUAAUAAUAAUUAUAAUAAUAAUAAUAAUAACAAUAAUGAAGAAAUUAUUGAAAAUAAAAUUAAAAAUAGAAAAAAUAAAAUUAAAUAA